UCGUGCGUUGCGGCUCGCCAUAAACGACGCAAAAUCAAUUUUCACUAUCUGCGUCUGAUAUAAAACAGUUUCUUAUGAUAUCAAUUAAUGUUGACUUCCUUCACCGUAUUUGGUACUUAUUUGUCAAUUUGAAAGUCUAUUUAUUUUAUAUUCCACUCUGCACACAUUCAAAUUUUCGGUUUUAAAUAUUUUACUGUUUUACCAUUAUCACACCUUAACAACAUACCUGAGACCAUAGUACCACAACAGAAGAUAUUUUAUUCGUUCAUUUAUAGACGUAUUAUCUGUGACAGUACCACGUGUUAGCGUCCAUGUUAUAACUUACUGUUGUCUACGCAAGUACCUAUUCUAAUGCUAAUAGUUAGUAGACACCUAACCUAACAAGUUCACUAGUCUGCCUCCAGGUCUAAGUGCAAUUUAUAGACACAGCAGUACAGCACAGACUCAAGCUUAAAAGGUACUGUGUCCGUGAAAGAGAUGGAUUCUGCACAAAAGCUUGUUCUGAAAUCCAAAAAAUGUGAACCUGAACAUUUCAAAAACAGUUCUCACAAGGAUAGAGUGUUUGAAGUACUUCAGUCUUCACGUAACCAGGAUGACAUUUUUUGUGAUAUUAAGUUACAAACAGAUGACGGUACUAUAGUAUUUGGACAUAAAAAUAUAUUGGUAUCAGCUACCCCUUACUUCAAGGCUAUGUUUUCUAGUUUUGACGAAAGCAAUAAAGAUCUUGUUAAUAUAGGAGAGUUAGAUUCCACCAUUUUACAACUAUUGAUAGACUACAUUUAUACAGGAGAAAUCAUGAUCACUCAAGAUAAUGUACAGGUUGUGUUACCAGCUGCAGAUCUCUUACAGCUAGACUAUGUAAAACAAGCAUGUGUUGAGUUUUUACAAAAACAACUGGAUCCUUCAAAUUGUCAUAGCAUUAAAGUAUUUGCUGACUUACAUAACUGUAUAGAAUUGUUGUCAAGCUGUGGCGCAUAUAUUAAAAAACAGUUUUUAGAAGUGGUUGAAAAUGAUGAGUUUUUGUCUUUAUCAUCCGAAGAAGUGAUUAAGUUAAUCUCCUGUAAUGAUAUUAAUGUUCCAUUUGAAGAAAAAGUAUUUGAAUGUGUCAUUAAAUGGGUAAAACAUGAAUUGGAUCAUAGAAAAGAGUUUUUACCCAAUCUAAUGGAACAUGUGCGUUUGCCAUUAAUUUCCACAGAGUAUUUAUCAGAGAAAGUAGUCGUUGAACCUCUUCUUAAAAAUAAUCAUGAAUGUAAAGAUUAUGUAAUUGAAGCAUUACAUAUUAAUCUAAUUAAGUCAAUAAAUCCUUCGUCUAUUCCACAAACUAUUCGGAGUAAGCCUAGACAGCUACAUAAAAUCAUUUUAGUGUUAGGUUGUUCUAUAUCAACUAAAACGAGUAUUGCCAAUUGGUAUGAUCCAGCAACUAACCUAAUGCAUAUUGCACCAGAAAUGAUUGAAUACCGUGAUUCAGCUGAAUUGUGCGUUGUAAAAGAAAAUUUUGUAUUUGCUAUCGGUGUUGUACGUGCACAUUAUCCAUUUGCUAGGCAUCAAGCCAUCUCUAAAAGUUCUGUUGAAAUGCUUGAUGUAUCCUCAUCAUCAUUAUUAUGGGUUCCCAAGGUUGGAUUGUUAUUUAAUCAAAAAUCUUUUGGAGUUGGAGUACUAGAUAAUUGUAUAUAUGCUAUUGGUGGAGAUUGUAAUAAUAUCUCUUUAAAUAAAGUAGAAGUUUUUAACCUCGAUACUCAAGAAUUGAAAAUAGUAUCUAGUAUGUCUAGUAGAAGAAGUAAUGUUGGUGUUGGAAUACUCAAUAACUUCAUAUAUGCAGUAGGAGGUUAUAAUAAUGGUGUUUUGAAAUCUGUCGAAUAUUAUGAUCCCAGUCUUGACGAAUGGAACCCAGUUGCAGAAAUGUCAAUUGGCCGUAAGAAUGUUGGUGUAGGAGUUUUGAAUGGUAUAUUAUAUGCUAUUGGUGGAACAUCUCUUAAAAGUGUUGAAGCUUAUAGUCCAAGUAUUGGAGUAUGGUUCUCUGUUUCCGAUAUGCAUUUAUGUCGACAAAGUCCUGGAGUAGUAGCAUUGGCUGGUUUAUUGUAUGUUAUUGGAGGAAGUAGCUGUUCUACUUGCUUGAAUUCUGUUGAAAUCUAUAAUCCAAAAACCAAUUCCUGGUCAAUAAAAACAAUACCAAUAAGUCAUACAAUUAAUGGAGCAGUAGUAGUUAAUAGGCCCCCACAUUUAAUCUCCAGUAUAUUUAGAAUAAUAAUAUUUUAUCAGCUUAAAGGGUACUUAUCUGUGAAAGAGAUGGACGAACAAAAGCUUGAUCUGAAAUCUAAUAACUAUGAAUCUGAUCAUUUCAAAAACAGUUCUCACAAGAAUAGUGUGUUUGAAGUACUUCAGUCUUCACGUAACCAGGGUGACAAUUUUUGUGAUAUUAAGUUACAAACAGAUGACGGUACUAUAGUAUUUGGACAUAAAAAUAUGUUGGCAACAGCUACCCCUUACUUCAAGGCUAUGUUUUCUAAUUUUGACGAAAGCAAUAAAGAUCUUGUUAAUAUAGGAGAAAUAGAUUCCACCAUUUUACAACUAUUGAUAGAUUAUAUUUAUACAGGAGAAAUCAUGAUCACUCAAGAAAAUGUACAGGUUGUGUUACCAGCUGCAGAUCUCUUAAAGCUUGACUAUGUAAAACAAGUAUGCAUUGACUUUUUACAAAAGCACCUGAAUACUUCAAAUUGUCUUGGAAUUAAAGUAUUUGCUGACUUACAUAACUGUAUAGAAUUGUCGUCAAGCUGUGAAGCAUAUAUUAAAAAACAGUUUUUAGAAGUGGUUGAACAUGAUGAGUUCCUAUCUUUAUCAUCCGAAGAAGUGAUCAAGUUAAUCUCCUGUAAUGAUAUUUAUGUUCCAUUUGAAGGAAAAGUAUUUGAGUCUGUAAUUAAAUGGGUAAAACAUGGAUUGGAUCAUAGAAAAGAAUUUUUACCCAAUCUAAUGGAACAUGUGCGUUUGCCAUUAAUUUCCAAAGAGUAUUUCUUAGAGAAAGUAGUUGAUGAACCUCUUCUUAAUAAUCCUAAAUGCAAAGCUUAUGUAUUUGAAGCAUUUCGUUUUUCUUCAAUUAAGUCAACAAAUCUUUACUCUAUUCCACAAACAAUUAGGAGUAAACCUAGGUUACAACAACAAGUUAUUCUAGUGUUAGGUUUGUCUCAAUCGGCCGAAACGAGUAUUACAAAUUGGUAUGACCCAGCAACAAACCUAAUGCAUAUUGCACCGAAAAUGAUUGUAUCCCGUGAUGAAGCUGGUUUGUGCGUUGUAAUAGAUCGCUUUGUAUUUGCUAUGGGUGGAGUUGACUUAUCUGAUAGGUGUCGACUCAAUGUGAAAUGUUCUGUUGAAAUGCUUGAUGUAUCCUCAUCAUCAUUAUUAUGGAUUCCCAAGGUUAGCUUGUUAGUAAGUCGAAAAGCUUUUGGAGUUGGAGUAUUAGAUAAUUCUAUAUAUGCUAUUGGUGGAAUAGAUAAUAAUGGCUAUUCAAAUAGUGUAGAGGUUUUUAACCUCAGUACUGAACAAUGGAAAAUGGUUUGUAGUAUGGUUUACAAGAGAAGUAAUUUUGGUGUUGGAGUACUCAAUAACCUGAUAUAUGCAGUAGGGGGUUAUAAUUAUUUUAAUGGUUGUAUGAAAUCAGUUGAAUGUUAUAAUCCCAGUCUUGACAAAUGGAGCUCAGUAGCAAAAAUGUCAAAUAGGCGGUAUAAUAUUGGUGUAGGAGUUUUGGAUGGCAUAAUGUAUGCUAUUGGUGGUUAUAAUGGAUUAAUACCUCUUAAAAGUGUUGAAGCCUAUAAUCCAAGUACUGGAGUUUGGUCAUCUAUUGCUGAUAUGAAUUUGUGUCGAGAAAAUCCUGGGGUAGUGGCAUUUGGUGGUUUUGUGUAUGUUAUUGGUGGAACGUGCAGGUCUGGUGUUUUGGAUUCUGUUGAAAUCUAUAAUCCCACAACCAAUUCCUGGUCAAUGAAAACAAUAUCAAUAGGUCAUCAAAUUUAUGGAGCUGUGGUAGUUAAUAGGCCACCACAUUUACAAACUAAUUAGUAGAAACUAUAUCUUUGUUGUUAUUUUUAACCAUAUUCAUUUUUGUAUUAUUUAUUAUAAUACCUAUAUUAGUGUUCUAAGUUUCCAUCUAUUUUAUAUUUUAAUUAUUUGCAUUUAUUAAAACCAAUUUAUAAGCCAUAGAA